AUGCCGGCGUCCGAGAGCGAUCCACUGAGUCUCGGGGCGCAUGCGCUGGUGAACUGGUGGCCUUGGGCUACGGACGACGAGGACGACGACGAGAGCGAAGGCCAUGCGAACACGCAGACCGGUGUGAGCCGGCGAGAGUCGGCGGCCGGCGCGGCGGUGCGUGUGUUGGUCAGUUCGUUGGCCGUGCUCUUCCAGCGGCCUGUCCGUUUGUUUCGCCCUAUGCACUUCUCUUCCCUUUCGCUGCUGGAUAUGCUCGCGCGUCGAGAAGGCAAGAAACUCGGUGUCCCCUUCCUUCGCCGCCUCGUUCGCCAAGAAAAGCCCGCAGUGUUGCUAGCGCUCAUUGCGCCGCCCAUGCUGGCGAAUCUUGCGAUUGGAUUCACCUUGUUCCAGACGUAUACCCUGACCGAGAAGGCGUGCACACCUGUUUCGCAUACCAGUGAUAUGUUCAAGCCCACAUGGACGGUCGCCGUCGCAGGCGCGGCGGCGGGGGCGGCACAGUGCAUUAUUUCCGCGCCACUCGACAAUGUGCGCCUCGUCAUUCAGCCAUGGCUCGUGCAGGAUGCGACACGCAAAAGCCUGCUGGCCACGCUGCCCAAAUCGCCAUUCCACGCUUGGUCGGCGAUGGUCGAGGCAGCCUUCCUGCCAUUCUUGCCAGAGCGUUGGUACCGCCUCGUCCUGAAACGCAUGGAGCGCGCUGGCCGCUCCAUUGAGCCGAAAACCUCGACGAUCUUCCGGUACCUACCUCGGGAUCUGCGCCUGCUCGCGCGACGAAAGCAUGGCGUCAGUUUGCUGCUGUCCCUCGUUCGCGAUGCCGCCGGGUUUUCGUGCUUCUUUGUGACGUUUGAGUGGGCCCGACGAGUCGCCUUCCGUGCCUCCCUGUACGCCGACCAAGUAUGGCACUGGGCUCGUCGUCGUAACGUACCGAUCGAUGCCCAGCAAGGCCCGUUGGACCAGAGCUUUGGCGCAAGUCGGACAGUCGGCGGCCGCAUGGUCGCCGCACUCUUGCUCGUGACAGGCGGCGCUGUGGGCGCUUUGCUCUACAGCUGGGUUUGCAGGCCCAUUGAGUACGUCCGUGUCGUGCUAUGGCAUCGACUCUAUGUCCCCCAAACCAAACCGCAUGCCCCCGCGGCCGAUACGACACAGCGCCAUGUCGCGCACAUCGCACCGCACCGCAAAUUGGCCGCGAUUCACAAUGUUCGGGCGGUGCGUGUACGUCAGCCGGUACCGCGUAUUAGCUACAUACAAGCGCACCGUCAUUUGCGGACCCAGCGACGACGUAUCCCUCGUUGGCUGUAUACCUGGACUCAGACGCCCUGGUCGCGCGCCACCACCUUGCGUCGUCGGACCCCGUCGCACGGCUGGUGGGGCCAAACGACCGUCCGCAAAUUGAUGCGGUUUGCCCGCAUGACAGCACCGCCGACGCUGCUCACGUCGCCUAUGCGUUUGUUUGUGCAUACCUACCUCGUACGUCCCUUUACACACCCCGCUCUCUGCAAGGCCUCCGCGCCGCGGCCGUGGGGCACCGCGCCACCUGUCCGUCACGCGGCGCUGGUCGCCUCGCCUACGUGGCGCGGACUCGUUUGCUGA